UCAUCAGUCAUCGACAUGUGGGGGCCUAAGAAGAUCCACAACAUUUGCAGGCAUGCAAGUUGUAUCGAAACCUGCUAAGAAAUUAUAGUUUUACCUCAAACCGCUACAUUUAAACCAUUUUUUAACUUACCUGUUUGGUUCUGUGUGUUUUCCGACCAAAGAGCGCCAUGUUUAUCUCUUCACAAAACUCCCCGGCUUCCUUCAAAGGUUUUACCCUCGUCAUGCCUGCAGUGGCCGUGGGUAACGUGGGUCAGCUGGCUGUUGACCUGGUGGUGUCCACUCUCAACAUGAGCAGAGUGGGCUACUUCCACACCGACUGCCUCAUCCCCAUGGCUGGGAACAACCCGUACGCCAGCUGCAAAGAGGACACCGAGGAGCUGCACACUCCCGCAGAAGUUUACACAGCAGCAGAACUGAAGCUGGCCGUUCUUCAGAUCAGAGCACCGAUUCUUCAGACGAGGUCUAAAAGGUUUCGGCAGCAGCUUGUGUCCUGGAUCAAAGCCAGCGGCUUUUCCCGGACGGUGGUUCUGUCCAGCAGCCAUGCCUACCAGAGGGAUGACCAGCAGCUGCAGGGGACCCCUUUGAGGUACCUGAUCACUCCAUCCCUGCUGACGACGAGUGCGGACGCUCUGAAGGAGCUGAGCUGGAGAGAGAUGGAGCGAAUGCCUGCAUUUCCUGGAGUAAAGGACGCGGACGCCGAGCCGAGACUCUGCAUCCCAGGAGGAGGCAUCACCAAAGGGCUUUACACAGACAGCUGUGCCGAGGAUCUCCCGCUGGCGGUGCUGCUGCUCUUCUGCUCAGAAGGCGACAACAUUCCCGACGCGUUCGCCCUCGUCAACCACCUCAACGACUGGCUCCAUCUGCUGGACGGCCAGAGCCAAGAACCAAACAGGAAGUGGAAGGUUCCAUCUUCCUGGAGUCUGCUGUUUGGAAGCGGUAUUCCUCCUGCUCUCUUCUAAUUGUUGACGUUUUGCUGCAAAAUGUAGCUUGUAAUAAAUCUCAUAAAAAUCUGUAAACAUGCAUAAAGCACGAAUUUAAAUAUAUAUAUAUAUAUUUUUUUUCAAGAUCAGUUGAGUCUGGAUGCAAAUUUAACUUUUAUUAACCUGUUGAUAUACCCUUGUGCCAACAUUACAAGAAUUCAGCCCAAACAAAGCACUUCUGUAGUACCGUAUCCUUACAUUUUAAUGUUUUCCAAUAAAACCUUAUGGGACA